UAGCCCAUUGGGCCCACUGAUGGGGAUCGAGCCUAGACCGACCGCGCAUCAUCCGAGCGCUUUACCACUGGGCUUAGUGCCUCCCCCUCAUGAAAAUAAGGAUAACUGUGAUAACUGUAAUACGCGACGUAUUAAUAUACUUUUCUUUCUUUUUUUAAAUUUUGUUUUGUUUUGUUUUGGUUGUUGGUUGUUUUUUGGUUGUUUUUUUAUUAUUUAUUUUUUUUUUUUUAGAAGGGGGGUAUUGUUGGCGUAUGCUGGCUUAACUCGAGCGUACAGUUUGAUAUUGAACAGUUCGACCAUGUUUUUUUACAUACUAUAUAGUAUAUUGCUAACAGGAUCUAUUUAUAAACUAGUAGGCAUCGUAAUUAGUGACGAAAGAACAUGACAUAGUCUUACCGGAUAUGAAUCUCGCAUCAUCAUGAAGAAAUUCCUCACAGAAGAAAAACAUGAGAGACCGGAAAUACGUGUCACGUGAUUUUUAUUUUAGAGAAAAAUUGAAAAUGGAAAUCUUUGAGAUCGGUCAAAGUUUUUAGAACUUGUUUAUCUCGUUGUUUAACGCGUAACAUGUCUGUCCAGUCGUUAGAAUGGACCACGAAGACGGAAACGGAGCAGACGAACUCGGAACAGCUGACACGACUGUUGAUUUUUUGAGGAAUUUUUCAGUUAUAGAAUGGGAAUCGUACGAGUCGGAGGACGACGGCGACUUUGAUGAAUUGUCUCCAAUCCCAGAAACCCCCGCUGAUCAUCUGGACGGAGAUGUCCCACCACGCCCUCCAACAACUCCAGGCAGCAUCAGUGGUAACCCAACAAAAUCAUUCAAGACUAUUUUUGAAAAGCCAGUCAAAUUUGAAAAUCUCCGUGACAACUGCUGGAUUCCUGAAGAACCCGUAUUCGUGAAUAUAAUAAACCAUGAAAGACAAGGAACGACUAAAGUGAUGAACCCCUACUUGUAUACCAUAUCAGUAAAGCAUGGGGAUUUUCGAUGGACUGUACGAAGGCGUUAUAAACAUUUUCGACAGCUGCACGAUGCACUUGUGCUCUUCAGAACGCGCUAUCGCAUACCGUUUCCACAGAAACGAUAUCAAGAGAGGCGGCGAACCAUUCGGCGUGAGCACCAGGCUUGGAAAGACAAAGGAAGCAAGGAGAGAAAUAAUGCACGGUUCCCUCUCCGACCCGAAGCUCUCACUGGCGAGCAGAAUAUUCUUGAACGACGGAACCAGUUGGAGUUAUACCUUCAAAAUGUUGUCAAAUACAAGUCCUACCGAAACCACUCGGAAAUGCUGCGGUUUUUUGAGGUUUGCCACCUGUCGUUUGUGAACAAGCUUGGAAAGAAAGGAAAGGAGGGACUCAUUAAGAAAUGUUCUGGGGGUCGGAGGAUCAACAUCAGUUGCUGCGGCUGUCUGUCGAAGGCUCACAUCGGAGGCACGUGGAACAGAAGGUGGCUGGUUGUUAAAGACACGUUCCUGGCCUACAUUCGACCUGAAGACGGCAUCGUCAGUGACGUCAUGCUGAUGGAUUCCGACUUCCACGUAGACGUUGGGAUAGCUGCGUCCGGGGUGACACACGGGGUCCUCAUUUCAAACCUUAGCAGGAAGUUGCUCAUCAAAUGUUGGACGUCACGAAAAGCUAGAGAAUGGGCCCAGUGUUUGACUGACAGAUCUAAAACUACCGCGAAAGACUUCACUCGGAAAAACAGAUUCCUCUCAUAUGCUCCAGAGAGAGAAAACUCUUAUGCAAGAUGGUUUGUCGAUGGUUCAUCAUACUUUGAAGCUGUAGCUGAUGCUUUGGAGAAAGCUAAAGAAGAAAUAUACAUCUCAGACUGGUGGCUGAGUCCCGAGAUUUACCUGAAGCGUCCGAUGACCGAGGGCGACAGAUGGAGACUGGAUCUGAUUCUACAGAGGAAAGCCGAUGCGGGAGUGAAGAUUUUUAUUUUGCUGUACAAGGAGAUUCAGCUGGCUCUUGGCAUCAACAGUAUUUAUAGCAAGCAGACUCUGGUGUCCAAACACCCAGAAAACAUCAAGGUGCUGCGUCACCCGGACCAUGGGGCCACUGGAGUGUUACUGUGGGCACAUCAUGAGAAGGUGGUCGUCAUAGACCAGAAGGUGGCCUUCCUCGGGGGAUUCGAUCUUUGUUAUGGCAGAUGGGACAACGAGCAACACAGACUCAUUGACCUUGGUUCUAUAGCUCUAAAAUCUCCAACUCCUCAGCCAAUGUCCACACCAAUCAUGACACAAAUACACAACGCAGAGUCAACCGACAUUACAGAGCUGAAUGAUGACCUGCAUUCUUUGUCUGACGUUCUGAACUCACCGGUUCACAGCCGCCCGGCCCCACAUUCCCCUGUCCACAUUUCCGUGAGGCCAUCCACUCCUGAGGAAACCAGUGAUGGUAACCAACUGAUGCUGGUUUCAGCUGAGGUGCACGGCCAUCACAGCAAUACGGACACGGCUUACGAGACCAUCACUCCGUCCACUGCUGAUACCACGGAAACCUCGGUCAGUGGUAGCUCAGCCGUGAAAUCCGAAGAGAGACAAUCGGUACAGGAGGCUGAACACUCCGAGGAUUCUAAACCAGGGCAGCAGUCAGAUGCUUCGUCUGACUUGGUUCAGAAAUCUGGAUCUAAAGAUGCUGAAUCUACAGUAAAGUCUUCUGCAGAGAUGGUCAAUAGCUCAGACAGUGUGGAUCACGCUUCAUAUAACAGGCCUAGCACAAAUGAAGUCGGUGAGAAACAUUUGUGGAAGAAUGCUGCUACAAGGAAAAAACUGAAACUCGUAAUUCCAAAAGCAAAAGUGGCAUCACAAAUAUCCCAUCACCACACCGCCUGUCCAGACAGACUAGAGGAAUCAAAAGUUACUUUUGAUGAUAUCAGUUACAUUGACAGUGAUGGUAAAAAUGAUGCUGUUGAUAGUAUUGUCAGUGGCAUGUCAAACAAUUUGAAAAGAAAUAGUCCUGAAAAAGACAUGGCACCUGAGGAAGUUAUCGUCAGACACACACAACAUAAAGUGGAAGGCUCGCAGCGAGACAGCAGUGAUUCCUCGAAAUCUCAGGGUUCUCAGUCCGAACUGAUCGCCAGGAAGGAGAAACGUCUGAGCCGUUCGGGAAACGACAUCCCUGACCUCCCCACUGCGGUCGUUCAGCUGAUGGCCAUCAGGAAGCUGACCAAGGAUCCGGAACCGAACAAUAACAACAAUAAUGCAGGCCAGGAGGGUCAACGUGAGGCGGAGAACCAGGCAAGACGGCGGUGGAGGAUGGUACUGGACGUCAAGAAGUUCGAGUCGGUCGUGCGAGAACCACAGACCCCGGAGAAAAUCAGCAAACAGCUCAUGUUCGGGGGUCAGGGGCAGAGACAUAAAUUUGGCAAGUUGGGUGACAAGUGGCAGUGGCACAGAGAGAGAGCAGCAAGCCUGAAGGGUCUAAAGCUUCCUGAGCACAUGAUACACAGAACGAAGAGUGAGGAGGACAUCAUGCAGUGUGGCUUAGAGGGCUCGUCCAAACUGUGGAUCGGAAAGGACUACGUGAACUUCAUCUACAAGGACUUUGUCAACCUGGAGCAUCCUUUUGCUGAUUUUAUUGACCGAUCAAAAUGCCCUCGUAUGCCAUGGCAUGACAUCGGAACGGUGGUUUAUGGGAAGGGAGCUCGCGAUGUAGCUCGCCACUUCAUAGCUCGCUGGAACUUCACAAAGCUUGAGAAGUGCAAGAAAAAUAAACAUUACCCACUGUUACUGCCGAAGAAUCACGUUCAUUGCACUGUGCCGCAGGCCAUAAUGAACAUAACAUUUAAAGUCAAGGCACAGAUUCUUAGAAGCAGUGGCGGCUGGUCGGCUGGUAUCGGAACGACAGAGUCUUCCAUCCACGAGGCGUACAUCCACUGUAUUGAGAGAGCCAAGCACUACGUCUACAUCGAAAACCAGUUCUUUAUCACCCAGAUCGGAGCAAACACCAGCGUCAGCAACAAAGUUGGAGAAGCUCUCUUCAAUCGAAUCUUAGCUGCUCACAAAAAAGGAGAGCUAUUUAGAGUGUAUGUGGUGAUGCCUUUAUUGCCGGCGUUUGAGGGAGAAUUCGGCACGGCGACGGGCACUGCCCUAUCUGCAGUCACUCACUGGAACUAUGCCUCCAUCUGCAGGGGAGGCAACUCUCUCAUUGAAAGAUUGGUCCAAGAAGUGCCUGACCCUAUGAAAUACGUGAUAUUCUGUGGACUACGAACUCAUUCAGAACUUGCUGGAAAACCGAUCACUGAGUUGAUCUAUGUUCACAGCAAGAUGAUGAUCGUGGAUGAUGACACAGUGAUCAUCGGCUCUGCUAAUAUCAAUGACCGCAGUUUGCUGGGCAAGCGAGACAGUGAGAUUGCCAUUCUUGUCGAAGACCGGCCUGACAACAAGUUCCCAGUGAGAAUUAACGGGAAAGUUCACAUGGCGGGAAAAUUCGCUUCUUCUCUCAGGCGAACCAUUUUCAGGGAACACCUUGGAUUACGGGAUGAUCAUGUCAAUAUAACUGACAUCGUGUGUGAUGAUUUCUACAAAGACGUGUGGAUCAAACAGGCAGCAACCAACACCACAAUGUUUGACAAAGUUUUCCACUGUAUUCCGUGUGACUGCGUACACAAGUACUCUGAUCUCAAGCAGUACCAAGCCGAGAACGCUCUGGUCAAUACAGACAUGAGGCAGGCUCGGGAAUGCCUCAGCAAGAUCGUCGGUAACAUCGUGUUGCUGCCUCUUCAUUUUUUGAAGGACGAAAAUCUAGCUCCAAAACUUGGUGAAAAAGAAGCAAUGUUACCAUCAUACAUAUGGACAUGACAUAUUUGAUGCUGAUGUUUGUGAUAUUAUGUCUUUCAAGACAAACAUUUUGUGUUUGGAUCAUUUAAAAUAUGUCCCAUAUUUUUAUGCCAUGACAUUUUAACAGACUAUUUUAAUCUUUAAAUUAUCAGGUAAUGGGUCUUACUUUUUUAAAUGACACUGGCAGUUUAGAAAAAACAUCCUUGAAGAACACAUUUGGUGACAAAAGAUCAUCUGACAUGAAAUGUCAUGGCCAACUUGAUUUCCAGUAGUGGAGAUCUGCAAGUAGGAAUGGACCGGCAGAUUAGCCUCUUGUAAAGUGUUAUUCUAGCCUCAAGGCUUUAACAAAGUGUACACAUUAACAUCACGACAACGACACACUAACGUUUAAUAACACUGUACUUGUAUUUCUAUUGUGCUUAAGAAGUAGAGGUCAGAUUACAGUUUUAACUCGCUAAUAAUGGUGUUCAUUUCAUUAUAAUGAUUGCAGCUUUAACUCGCUAAUAAUGGUGUUCAUUUCAUUAUAAUGAUUGUCCAUUAUUUGUUUUACAUUCAUUGAUGUCUCAACAAACAAACCAAGCAGGAGAAAACUGAAUCUACAAAGAAAUCAUGGACAAUCCUCAUAAUUAAAUUUGAAACACUUGUUAGUUAACAAAAACAUAAACAAGAUCAUAUUUUAUUUUGAAACCUUUUUUUGAGGAUUAUUGAUCAAUAACACUAAAUAAUACAAAGCAUCAGUAUUUAUAAAGUGACUUCACCAGAUGUGAUAUUCUCUAAUAACAUAAUGUUUACAUUCCUGAAAGCAGGGAUGAGUUACCCGACUGUGAUCAGUAGGUUUGCAUACACGUAUCUAGUCUGUAAAUGUAUCGUAAGUACAUUGUAUGUUGUAUUCAGCCUGACAUGCUUUAAAAUAGACAUUACAGUAGGUUUGGGAGAGAGUCUUGGGGAUUUAAGCAAUAACUGGACUCUAAUAUUUCCCCCUUGUAAUGGAGAUCAGUGAUUACUGCUGUGUAACAGUAAACCUGACAGACAGACUGACAUUUUACUGACUUUAUAAAAAUAUAAUUGUUCUAAGUCCUACAAACAAGAUAACAAACUGUAAUGUAAUUUUGUUUGACUGAUUGUGUUAAAAUGUAUGUUUUAUACGCACCACAUCAAUACAUAUUGUUAAAAUGUUGUAUGCUUUUUAUGCAUCACUACAUAUAGUUAAAAUGUUGUAUGCUUUUUACACACCCACAUCAAAAGAAAGAAAGAAAGAAAUGUUUUAUUUAACGACGCACUCAACACAUUUUAUUUACGGUUAUAUGGCGUCAGACAUAUGGUUAAGGACCACACAGAUUUUGAGAGGAAA